AUGUCUUCCGGUGACUCUGUUAGUACGAGAGAGGUAGCGGCCUAUCCAAGUAGUGAAGCAAUGGAAAAGAUAAGGGCAGAAGUUCAGUCGAUUAAUGUUUCGGACGAGCCGCUUCUUAUUGAUAACCCUUCAAGAUUUGUUAUCUUCCCAAUCAAGUACCACGAUAUAUGGGACUUCUAUAAACACGCAGUAGCAUGCUUCUGGACUGCUGACGAAAUUGACCUUUCUCAUGACUACGCUGACUGGGAAAAACUCACUGCGGGAGAAAGAUUUUUUAUUUCUCGCGUUCUUUCUUUUUUUGCAGCAUCUGAUGGAAUCGUUAACGAGAAUCUGGUUAAUAAUUUCUCGCAAGAAAUUCAAAUACCAGAAGCACGCUUCUUUUACGGUUUUCAAAUUUUCAUGGAGUGCGUUCAUUCAGAAAUGUAUUCGAAGCAAAUCGAAGCAUACAUCAGAGACGAAAAAGAACGAAUGAUGCACUACGAUGCAAUACAUCAGUUUCCUUGCAUUAAAAAGAAGGCAGAUUGGGCUUUACGGUGGAUUUACGACAAAACAUUUCCUUUUGCAGUGAGACUUGUUGCUUUUGCAGCAGUGGAGGGUAUAAUGUUUUCUGGGAGCUUUGCUGCUAUCUUUUGGUUGAAAAAACGUGGAGUCAUGAAGGGCUUGACACACAGUAAUGAGCUUAUUACCCGAGACGAAGGUCUUCAUCGUGAUUUCGCUUGCAUCCUGUACAAGUACAUAAAGAAUAAACCGUCUGAGACUGUUGUACAAACAAUAAUUAGGGAGGCUGUUUUGCUCGAGCAGGAAUAUCUCACUGAGGCCCUCCCUGUGGAUUUGAUUGGUAUGAACUGCAAACUCAUGUCUCAGUACAUUGAAUAUGUAGCUGACCAUCUUCUUACUGAACUUGGUUACCCUAAGAUAUUCUUAGCCGCUAAUCCUUUCGACUUCAUGGAAAACCUGUCAAUAGAAGCAAAGACUAAUUUCUUUGAGCGGCGAGUGAGCGAAUAUCAACGAGCGAGUGUCUUGGCUAGGGAGGAGGAUAAGCACUUUAAUUUGAACGCUGACUUUUGA